CAGCUUUCGUUGUAGCCACUUCAUUUUGGUUUUGCUCUUCAACUCACUUGGAUUAUUUCUUAUUUUCUUCUUCCUCGAUUAUGCCUCGUUAUAAGGUUACCAAGGGCAAACCUUACGUUGGAAGCCCCUACCCUAGGGUCCAUUCUAUUUCCUACCGCCACUUCCAGAUUGGUCGCCUGCUUGAUGAUCUGGGCAAUUAUUUGGUCAAUCCUAUUGACGACCCUGUUCGUCCUGAUACUUCCUCUGCUUCUCACACUUCUCCUUCUACCAUGGAUGUGGGCACUCAGACUGACCCUGUGGUGAUUCUUCCUGCUGGUUCUACUCAUGAUGAUUCUGACACUGAUACUGCGCCUGACACUCCGCCUCGUCCUCCAACUCCUUAUCCAUCUGGCUCUCCAUCCUAUUCUCCUACUUCUCCUCGCAGUCCUUCCCCUGCGCCUUCUACACCUGCCAGUGUCAUCAUGAUUGAGCCUGACCAAAUACCUUCUGUUGACCUUCCCUUUGAAACUCCUUUUCCUUACAGGUUUCUUGAGCCUUCUGGCUCUUAUCUCCCUAUCUGUGAGUGUUUCCCUCUGAGUGCCUGUACCCACAUAAGCUUUUCUGGGUCUAAUGAAUAA